UUCGCGUACAAGUUCUUAGCUCCUCUCAGACAGAGGUUUUUAUUUACAAGAAACAUGGCGCGUAGUGCAGAGACCGCUAGCUUCAGUUUCAACCAUACGAUGCUACGAGUCAAAGACCCGGAAGUUUCGCUCAAGUUCUAUCAGGAGGUCAUGGGUAUGGACUUGAUAGACAAGUUCGCAUUCCCAAGCUUUACACUAUACUUCCUCGCCUUUGAUCACUCAAAUGGCGGUGAUUCGGCUGAGGUUAAGAAGGCGGGUCGGACGGCUCGUGAAGGAAUCCUCGAACUAACACACAACCACGGCACAGAAAACCAACCCGACUUCAAAUACGCAAACGGGAACUCUGAUCCUGGCAAGGGAUUCGGACACAUCGCAGUUUCAGUUGACGAUAUCGAAGCUGCUUGUGCUCGAUUUGAGAGACUCGGCGUACCGUUCCAGAAGAGACUUACGGAUGGGACGAUGAAGCAUAUUGCGUUUAUUAAGGAUCCUGAUGAGUAUUGGAUCGAGAUCAUCUCUUCGCACCGAAAGCCGGAUGAAGCAUAAUUGAUAAUUCAGCAUAUAUGGAGAAAAAAAGUGUCAAUGUCAAUUGUAAUUUUUCUCGACGUCAACAAAUGCAAAUAAUAUA